AUGGGUCGUGGAAAAUUGAACAUGAAGUUCAUUAUGAAAGACAAAGUGCGUAUUUUAACAUACGAAAAGCGCAAAAAGGGACUAAUAAAAAAGGCCCAAGAAUUCUCGAUUCUUUGCGGUGUUGAAACGUGUGUAAUUCUUUAUGCACCCAAAUCGAAAGAAACCCCUGCGAAGCUCGAGAUUUGGCCCCCGGACCAUGCUAAAGUGAUGCAUGUCAUCGACAAAUACAAAGGGAAGCCAUUGCACGUACGCGAAAGGAAAUGCUUUAACGUUCUUGAUUUCUAUGCAAUACGUCGGAAGAAGCUCGAUGACGAGAUUUGCAAACUGCGGAAAGCUAAUACAGAAGCCAAGUUUUCCGUAUGGGAUGAUCGUAUCAAUAGCUUCUCGGUUAAUCAACUUUCGGCCCUUCUCUCUAGGUUGGACUCCAACUUAGAAUCCGCACGGACGAUGAUUAAGAUGAUAAAGGGAAAGCAUCAAUCUUUAAUCGAAGAUUCAACUGAAAACCAGCUGAACCAACCAAGCCUUGAUCUUUAUAAUCAAGCUCAACUCUCCUUGUUUCAAAGGGCCUCGGACAUGGAAAUCACAAAGCAGCAACAACCCAUGUUUACUGUGAGUUCUUCUUGUCAACCUUUUAGCUCCAAUGAGCCUCUUCAAUGGCAGUCUGUCAAUAUGAAUCCUAUUGAUACCUCAAUGGCAAUGGUGUCCACAAAUGGUACUUUAGGCUUCACUCAAGCGGAUGGAGAGUGUAGUAGCAGCACAACUUAUAGUUCACUAACACCACAAACAUGUUAUGACCCAACAACUUCAAUGGUGGGCAAUGUAGUGUUGAGUAACUCUUGGGGAGUCCCAGUUUGCUUUUAUGGUCAGUUAAUGCCGCCAAUGACACCAUUUGCGUCCCCUACGAUGUUGAGCUUUCCUUCUCAAGCUGGCGAGCUUUAUCGUAAUGUCGGUGAUCGAGUUAGAUCAAUCAAUAAGAAAUAG